CUCGGGUCGUGUGGUGCGGCUGGUGUUGGUCCUUCUCCUCAGGGGCGAGGGAACGUGGCGGCUGGUCCCACACAGAAUCGGAAGAACAUCCCAUAACACACCAGAAGGAAGGAACGAACUAGAUUGUAGAAAACAAACUUCGGAAGUCCAAGCCAAGUGGGGUGCUUAGCUUUGUUUCAACAGGUCACAGUUUCUAUCAAUAUAGUGGCCAAACCACAAGGCUUGAUUGUAACUGCCUUGCUGUGGAAAUCAAGAUUCUUCCCUCAUGGUAAAUAAAUAGCUGGACAUCCAGAACCUGAAGAGGCUCUAGUAUAAAACCAACACUAGAAAUAGGGCCAUCCUUAUAGAGAACUAAAGAAUCAUUGCUUUGGUGUUGUCUUCAGAAGUGAGCUUGCAAAACAAAUUGGAACUUCAAGAUUGUCAAUAAUUAAAGAUACCUGUAUUUUAUUUGUAAAGUAUGGCUACUCUAAUGGCACAUGGUUUUGUCCAUAUAUGGAGCAGGAAUAUGGGGAUGUCUAAGCCCAAAGAAGCAUACAUUGGAAAAGUGGAAAGAAAGAAGAAUAUUAGACUGCUGGUCUAUUUCAGCACUGGAGAAUAUACAACUUUUCAACUAACUAAUAAUAUUAAAAAUGUGGUACUUAGAUCCUAUGGAGGAAAACAAAAUCACCUGCAUUUAACUUUCCAAAAUAAUAGCUUCUUGUUUAUUGAAGGAUUAUCUUCUGCAGAUGCUGAAGAGUUGAAGAUGUUCUUGGAUGGAUUCCAUCAAAAUAAUCAACCAUCCAUGAAACCUGUUAAGGAUGGAGGGAUCUUUGCCAGCACAACAACACAGAAGGAAAUCAACAAAAGUUCAUCUCACGAAAUAUGUAAUAAGUCAAGUAGUGGAUCUUCAGAGACAGGAGAAGGACAUGGAACAGCUGACCUUCAGCAGAAGCCUUUGUGUGCAUCAAAGUCAUCAACACUUACUUGCAAUGAUUUACCAGAAAAUGGACAGGAGAAGAAAAAAAGAAUGUUAUCAUCUGGUUCAGGGAUGGGUGGGAAAUUCCUGCAAAAGAAUAGCUCUGUAAGAGAUAAGAAAUCCAAGACAAAUUCCUUGAGGUAUGUAAGCCACAAUAGGAAGAAAAAAUUGAGGUUAAAAAAUAAGAAAUUAGCAUUUGAACACUUUUUCAAGACCGAUUCUACUGGAAACCCUUACCUUCAGGGUGUUAGUGUUCUUCAGGUGCUUUGUGAGAAAAUAUAUUUGGCAUUUCUGUUGGAAGCAAAGUAUAGUGCAGAUAAGCCAGAGUGGGACAGAUUCAAGAUGACCCUUGACUUGUACCCAGAGAAACUCUUGCAAGGCCUCCCCAAUUUGGGAAACACCUGUUACAUGAACGCAAUUUUACAGUCCUUAUUUUCGAUUCCGUCAUUUGCUGAUGAUUUAUUCAGUAAGGAUUCCCCAUGGGGUAAAAUUCCCCUUGAUGCUCUUAGCAUAUGUUUAGCACAGCUGUUUGUUUUGAAAGAUAUUUAUAACAUAAAAAUCAAGGAGAGGUUACUUGUGAACCUUAAAAAAACCAUAUCAUCAGUUGCAGAGAUUUUCUCUGACAACGUACAAAAUGAUGCUCAUGAGUUUUUAGGUCACUGUUUAGAUCAGAUGAAAGAGAGCAUGGGGAAAUUAAACACCAUAUGGAAGGCUAAAAUUGAAUCUGAAGAGGAGAAUCCAGCUCAACAGAUCUUUCCUGGAAGUGCUGCCACUGAAGUGCUCAUUUGUCCCGUCAUCAGUAAUUUUGAGUUUGAGUUGCUGCGCUCUAUUACUUGUCAAGCCUGUGGUCAUGUUGUUCUCAAGACCGAAGUGAAUAAUUAUCUCUCCAUCAACCUUCCACAAGGAACGAAAUCACUUCCUUUGUCUAUUCAGUCUGCUUUUGAUCUCUUCUUCGGAGCGGAAGAGCUUGAGUAUAAAUGUGGGAAAUGUAAGCAUAAGAGUUCUGUUGCAGUGCACAAAUUUAGUAGGCUACCCAGGGUUCUUAUUGUUCAUCUGAAACGUUAUACCUUUGACGAGUUUUGGUCGCUAAGGAAGGAUGACCAGGAAGUCGUUAUUUCCACACAUUUAGAUAUAUCAUCUCAUUGCAAUGAAACUACCAAGCCACCUCCUCCUGUGAGCAAGAAUGUGCUUACUAGGGAUUUCCAAAUCCUAAAAGUCUUUCACAGCAUAAAAUUUGGAAACUUCUUUCUAUCAACACCUUCAACAAAGCCAACCUCGGCAUCCAAUGAUUCUCUGAUUCCACACAUUGGACCAGACAAAGAGUCUGAACCACAAAAAUGCCAGAUUCUCUGUGAAGGAUCAAAUGGAGAACAGAAAGAAGACCUGGGAAAAUGUCCUAAACUGAAUGUAACUGAGUCUGAAUUAGUAAACUUAGGAAAUGGAGCAGUCACUGAAAAAGAGCUAUUAGCUGCUGGCUUGAUGAUGGAUCUUGAAGCAACGUCCCUUUCUCAGAUCCAGAAAGAUGAAGGUAAACCCACCAGUGGUCCAGACAGGUGUCUUGCCGAAGUUUAUCUUCAAGAAAUGUUUGAAAAUCUAAAACAAAAGAAAUAUGAGACAACUAAUACGCUUGUAGAUUUCAAGAGUGGCACUGAGACUAUUGAAGAUACUUACAAACGUGAAAAAAACGGAAUUCCAAAAGAAUUCCAAAAACUGACUAAACAGACCCAGCAGGAUGAAUGGAUGAAAAUCUAUGAACAAGCCCUGCAGCAGGCACUGCUUGGAACCCUCUUGAAGACACGUACCCACUGGUAUGCAAAGAACCUCAGAAAACCUGCAGAAUUACGUCUCCAGGAGGCCAAAGCAAAUUCCCUAGGGGCACUGGGUUCCAAUAAAAACCCUGGAAAAAAAGAAUGUUUAAAUAAGGAGAAGUCAGAAACUGAAGCCACAAAACCAAAAAGAAGCGGUAAGAUGAGUGAUCUCGAUUCCUAUCGGCUCAUUGGUGUUGUCAGCCAUCUUGGGAAGACCCCAAAUUCAGGCCAUUAUAUCAGCGAUGCCUAUGACUUUGAGAGGCAAGUGUGGUUCACUUACAAUGAUCUACAGGUAUUGAGUAUCGAAGAAGAUCUCAUGCAGGAGGCUAGGCUUUGCACCGGGUACAUCUUCUUUUACAUGCACAAUGAUAUUUUUGAAGAGCUGUUGAAAAGGGAAGAGAACUUCCAGUCUCGUAACACAAAGGCAGGGAAGACCCCUCAGGAGAAGUAAGUGGAACAGGCUCCUGGUUGCACACAUCUGCUUGACUAUCUCAUUGGUUACCACUUCCUCUAUGGAAGGAAAACUCCACUCUAGCCAAAGAUGAAGAGGCAGAUGGCAUCCAGGGUCAGAAUUUAAGCAGAAACACUUGGGGAAAAUCUCUAUUCUAACCCUAAUACAGAUAGGUCAGUCCCACAGUUCAGCUGAUAAGUAUUCCUUUCUAUUAGACUAGAAUUGUGUUCUCCAUAUUCUGGUGCAGUGGAUUUUAAGUGCAGUCUUUAAAUCAGCAGCAUCAGGAUCAUGGAGAAACUUUUGAGAAAUGCAAAUUCUUGGGUCCCACCACAUAAAUGCUAAUUCAGCAAGUCUGAUGGGGGGUGUCAGGGUUGUUGGGGGUAGGGAACAGCAAUUUGAUGGAGAUUCCAUCAGAUGCUUGAGAAAUUUAGAGAACUA